AAAAAAAAAAAAAAACAUUUGCUACAAACACUUUUUUUUCCUUUCUUUUUCUCUUUCUUUUCCUUUUUUCUUUGCUUAAAAAAAAUGUUUUCGGUGUGUGUGUGUGUGUGUGUAUAAAUUCCCUAUUUCUUUUUUUUUCCCCCUCCAUUUUCGUCAUUUUUUCUAUUCUUUCCUAUUUCCAACACAGCUGUCGUCCAGAAGCGCAAGCAAGCAAGCAAGCAAGCAAGAGAAAUGAAAAAGUCCUUUUCUCGAAAAUAAGGACGUGCUCCAUGGCGACCCCCAAUGUCUUCGAUGAGAUCUCCCCCCUGCUUGUCAGUACUUUAUUAAUAUACAUAUUUGUUGGUGUUGAUUCGGUCCCUUCUCACCUUCAAGUCCUCAAGCCCUUUCAAGUCCGAGUUCUCGAUUUUUUAUUUUUUAUUUUUGGGGAUCUAGUCGGUCAAGCAAGAAUGAAUACUGUGAGUUGUUGUCGUUCAUAUUUGAGACAUGCAUAGAGAUUUUCGUCAACCGAAGAUUUUCUUUGUAAAGUUCUCAAGGCAACGACUUUUUUAUUUUUUUUCUUAUUCCCCUAACCACAAAAUGUCCCAAAAAAAAAAAAAAAAAAAAA